GCACGGGACCGGACAGUAUAGGAUAGCGUGGAAGGUGCGGAGCGCCUGAGCGGCGGCGGGCCCGGCCUGGAGGCCGUGGCAGGGUCCCGCUCGCGUCCGUGCCUCAGGCGCGCAGCUCCGGAACGGCGGCGCUCGGUGUAUCCAAGGCCUUUGUUGCCAUUUGGAAGGAGAGAGUGUGCUCACUGCGUGCUCACUCACUUCAUGGAGAGGUGCGGAAAGGCAGACCCUGAGGAGAGCAAUCAGCGUGCAUGAAUCCUUUUGAUGCAGGGAACCCAACCGGUUUUAGAAGAAGUCAGACUGGGUUAUGACUCUGCCUGGUACUGCAGCAUUCACCUCACCAGAACACCUUCUGCACCUUUGCAGGCUGACUACUUGAAGGUGGCAGACGUCUGGGUCUUCUCAUCCUAUGCCUCUCCCAGUAAGUAAAAUAAAAGGAAGGGGAAAGAUACCAAUUGGAGUGUCUCUGAUAAAGUCUGAGAAGUGCUAUCAGUUGUGCUACAGGGAAGUGGUUUCAGCCUGAAAACGAACUGGUUGCUUGUUUGCUAGUCACAGAGAGAGAAACGAAUGUAAAUGCAGGUGACCAUGCAGAAUGCAGUUCAGGUGUGGUUUGGAGAUGACCUUCCCUUAACUCCCCGAAGUCCUCUGACUCCCAGACACGGGCCAGGUUUGGCAGAUGUGUGCCUGUAUGACCAAUGGAUAUCUGUGCGGCAUGAAGCAACUUUGGUGCCUAUGCAAGAAGAUCUGUCCAUUUGGCUGUCUGGCUUGCUGGGAAUGGAAGUCAAAGCAGAACAACUGCUAGAAGAACUUGAUAAUGGGGUAUUACUCUGCCAGUUGGUUGGUGUUCUUCAAAACACAAUUAAAAAAUGUUGUAGCUCAAAUAACUUAAGGAAUUUUCCUAUGAGAAAAGUUCCAUGUAAGAAGGAUGCUCCAUCAGGAUCUUUUUUUGCCAGAGAUAAUACAGCCAACUUUCUUAACUGGUGUAGGGCCAUUGGAGUUGAGGAGACUUACCUAUUUGAAUCUGAAGGUUUAGUUUUGCACAAGGAUCCAAGACAAGUGUAUCUUUGUCUGUUGGAAAUUGGACGCAUUGUAUCCAAGUAUGGAGUUGAACCUCCUGUACUUGUAAAACUAGAGAAGGAAAUUGAGCUAGAAGAAACCCUACUGAUGACCUCUGGGCCACCAUCACCUAUUAGCACAGCAAAGUCAUGUUGUCACCAUGGGGAGCUACAUGAGGCAGUAAAACAUAUAGCAGAAGAUCCUCCCUGCAGUUGUUCCCAUCGGUUUUCAAUUGAAUACUUAUCAGAGGGACGUUAUAGACUGGGAGAUAAAAUACUCUUCAUAAGAAUGCUACAUGGCAAGCAUGUGAUGGUACGUGUUGGUGGAGGCUGGGACACUCUUCAAGGUUUUCUGCUCAAAUAUGAUCCAUGCCGAGUGCUUCAGUUUGCAACUCUGGAACAAAAAAUCCUUGCUUUUCAGAAAGGGGUCACCAGUGACAGUAUCCCUAACUCAUCAGCUAGGAAUCAGGAGCCUCCCGUUAUGAAUCCAAUGUCAGCUGUCAAUAUGUUCCAAAAGCAGCCAUCAAAAGUCACUGCUCCUGUUUUAGCUGUUGGGGCUGGUGCCAAGAAGGCUUUAUCUAAACAUCCUCAGUCCCCUGCUCUGGUAUCACCAAGAAUGCCAGUGCCCCCAUCUUCCACACCCAAGUCAUCAACAGUCAGGUCCAAAUUACAAGGGUCUUCAGCAACAGGUGUGCAGUCUCCUUUCAAAACAUUAGCUGGUACCUCAAAGAAACUGGAGUCUCCUGCAUGCAGCUCACCAGCUUCUGCUUCUUCACAGCCUGUAAGCAAAAGUUCUUCAUGUGCAGGAACAAGAAGAGCUCUAGUUCCCUCCGAAACAGUGCGCAAACGUAUUUGGUCCCCUGAUGUUCCCAAGGUGAAAUUUGCCCCGCCUCAGGGUGCCGCAGCACCAGCACUCCAUCCUACCCUCUCAUCCUCUAAAAAACAGCUGUCUCAUUUGUCUGAGACAGCUGAAACAAUGGCUUCAAAGCAGAAGCGUGCCCCUGCUAAAUGCAAACCUGUAUCUGUCACUAAAACCAAAGCGAAUUCAGUCGCUCCAAGGGCUGCUCGGCCGCCUGUGACAAAUCUGCGUGCUGUUGCCAAGUUUGCACAUUCUCAGCAGCUCCUUGCAAAACCUCCUUCUGAAAAUGCUAUUCAGAUCUCGGGAGCUGCAUCUCAGAAUCCUCAGAAAGCCCUACGAACAACUUCUGACCUGGCAAGGAAUUUGAAAAGUGCAUCGGUCCUCUCCGCUUCUGCACCUUCCCUUGCAGUUAGCAAAGCAUCAAAGUCACCACCUUCACUGAUACCUACAAGCAAACACGUAUUAUCAGCUGUCAGUAAGCAGCCAAAUAUCAGUAAUCCCCCUCUGGUUGGGCCCUCUUUAUCCAAACCUCCUGAACGUACCCCCUUAUCUGUUGUACGACUUCCUCAAACUUCUGCCAAAGUGGCAAUGACCAAAAAGUCAGCACAGCCUUCCACAAAAGGUCAGCCUUCAGCCAAAAACUUGCAAACAAACAAAAGCCUGGCCCCAGUAGCCAAGAAGCCUCUCCCAAAGGAACAGUCACGUAACAAAGGAACACCUGAUGUGUCAAAAGUUCCUCUUAUGAAGAGCAGGCAAGAUGAUCACUAUUUUGUUAUGACAGGGAGUAAAAAGCCCAGAAAGUAAACUUUAUUUUGUUCAAAAUAAGUUUAUGAAACACUGAGGACAAGGAAAAAAUGUUAAGUAACACUACAUUUAACAUGAAAUAUUAGGUAUAACCUACAUUUUGCGCAUAACUUACUGUAAGAACUGUGUUUAUUUUGCAAUUAGAAACUUCUAUUUGGAUAUAUUUAGAAGUGAGCUUGCUUGCUGUGUAGCACUGUGGAAUAGAAAAUAUUCCUGACCUGCUGGUUUAAAAGUAAAGUGGAGGUAGAAGUGAACGUAACUCAACAGAGAUUACAAGUCAGAGUUACAAUUUCCUAAUAAGAGAUUACAAUAAAUUAAAUGAUACAGAGAAAACUGUUUUUCACGCCCCACAAACAGAUAUAUAACCCUGGGACAAGAACAGAACAGUGUUCAGUCCCUGUGCUGAUCACUACGUGGCCCCCCUGAGUGUAAAGUAAAA